GUAAACACUUCCUGAACCAGAGACAAGAAUGAACCCUGGGGUUUCAGUCUGUCUCACUUGAAAGGAGGAAGGGGCAGACCAGGAGGGCAGUCUGCUUGAGUGAGAAGAGUGGAUACGAGGCUCCUGGGAGCACCCAGAAUGUGGCAACGGCUUCUUCUGACGGCCACCUUACUCCUUGCUCCAUUUCCAGUAAAUUCUAUAAAAGAGCUUCCAGGAGUACAAAACUAUGAAGUGGUUUAUCCCAAAAGACUUCAUCCACGACAUAAAAGAGAGGUCAAGGAUCCAGGUCAACAGGAAAAUUUUGAAACUGAAUUGAAGUAUGAAAUGACGGUUAAUGGAAAAAUCGCAGUGCUUUACUUGAAAAAAAACAAGAAUCUCCUUGCACCAGGCUACACAGAAACAUAUUAUAAUUCCAGUGGAAAGGCAGUCACCACGAGCCCACAGAUCAUGGAUAACUGUUACUAUCAAGGACACAUCAUUAAUGAAAAGGUUUCUGAUGCUAGCAUCAGCACAUGUAGAGGUCUAAGGGGUUACUUCAGUCAGGGAGAUCAAAAGUACUUCAUCGAACCUUUAAGCCUCACAAACCAGGAUGAACAAGAACACGCACUCUUCAAGCACGAUCCUGAAGAACAGAAGACUAAGAGCUCCUGUGGGAUGAAUGACACAAUAUGGGCACCUGGAAUUCAUCUGAAGGCACUCUCAUCUACCAGCCUGGCUACAUCCAAAGGCCAGAAGGCUUGGGAAAAAAAGAAAUAUGUAGAAUAUUAUUUGGUCCUGGACCAUGGUGAGUUUAAAAGGCACAAUCAAGAUCAAGAGGAAAUAAGAAAGACGGUAUUUGAGAUGGUCAAUUACAUCAACAUGCUUUAUAAAAAGCUCAAUACUUACGUGGCCUUAAUUGGGAUGGAGAUCUGGAAUGACAAGGAUAAGAUAGAUAUAUCUUCCAAUGCAAGCCGCACUUUAGAAAAUUUUUCUAAAUGGAGGACAAGUGUCCUCCUGAAGAGAAAGCACCAUGAUGUUGCUCAACUACUCACGACAGUAGCAUUUUCUGGAACAACUGUGGGCCUUGCUUACAUAUCUACAAUGUGCUCUCCUGAUUUUUCUGCUGGCAUCAUUAAGGAUCACAGUAACAAUGCACUUCAGGUUGCAGGAACCAUGGCCCAUGAAAUGGGCCAUAACUUCGGAAUGUUUCAUGACAACUACAAUUGCAAGUGCCCUUCUAUAGAAUGUGUGAUGGACGGGUCAUUAAGCAUAAAUAUACCUACAGACUUCAGUUCCUGCAGCCGGGCCAGCUUUGAAAAAUUCUUUGAAGAUAAAUUAUCCAAUUGCCUCUUUAAUGUCCCGUUGCCUACAGAUAUCAUAUCCACCCCGAUCUGUGGGAACCAGCUGGUAGAAAUGGGAGAAGACUGUGAUUGUGGGACCCCUGAGGAAUGUACUGACAUUUGCUGUGAUGCAAAAACAUGUAAAGUGAAAGAAAAUGUUCAAUGUGCAUUAGGAGAAUGCUGUGAAAAAUGCCAGUUAAAAAAGGCUGGUGAGGUGUGCAGACCAGCAAAAGAUGAGUGUGACCUGCCUGAAAUGUGUGAUGGCAAAUCUACUCUUUGCCCCAGUGAUCGAUACCAAAUCAAUGGCUUCCCUUGCCAGAAUGGGAAGGGCUACUGCCGGAUGGGAACGUGCCCCACCCUGGAGAAGCAGUGCAUUGACCUCUGGGGACCAGAAGCCCAGGUUGCAGAUAAGUCAUGUUUUAGACGAAAUGAAGAUGGGUCAACUUAUGGAUACUGUCGAAAAGUGAACAACACACACAUUCCCUGUAAAGCAAAAGAUGCCACGUGUGGGAAGUUGUUCUGUAAUGGUGGCUCAGAUUAUCUGCCCUGGAAAGGACGAAUAGUCACAGUCCUGACAUGUAGACUAUUUGAUCCUGAAGACAGCAGUGAAGAAAUUGGCAUGGUAGUCAAUGGAACCAAAUGUGGAGAUAAGAAGGUUUGCAUUAAUGCAGAAUGUGUGGAUAUGGAAAGAACUUACAAAUCAGCAAAUUGCUCCUCUAAGUGCAAAGGACACGCUGUGUGUGACCAUGAGCUCCAGUGUCAGUGUAAAGAAGGAUGGGCCCCUCCUGACUGCUCUAAUUCUUCCACGGUCUUCAACUUUUCCAUUGUGGUUGGGGUGCUGCUCCCCGUGGCUGUCAUAUUUGUGAUGGUUGCUAUAGUAAUCCGAUGCCGAAGCUCCAGAGAAAAGCAGAAGUUAGUCCAGAGGCCACUGUCUACCACUGAUGCCGGCCUACACAAUCAGAAGAGGAAACCACAGAUGGCAAAGGCUGUUCAACCCCAAGAGCUACCUACAAAUCCAAGUUUUCCUCCACCACUUAUUUCUACAUCUGUAUCAUCCUCUUUUCUUGACUCCAAUCCAAAAAUCUGAAGUAACACCUAAACAACUGUUGCCGGGUAAAUGAUCAACUUGGAAGACCAGACAAUCUGGAUGGAAGAGAAAUGUACUUACUUCCUUACUAUUAUUUGCCAUCAAUAUCCAGCAAGGCUACUAUUUCUUGAUUCCACUCUAAUGACACAAAAUUUCAAGAGAGACAUAUUCUUGAUAAUCUUUGAAUGAAUUAAAAUUUUCUGUUCUCCAUACUUAUAGGAAAGAUGAUGAUUCUAAAGAAUGAGCUAUGAAGCUGAUUUUCUAAUUAGGUGAAUUUCCUAAUCUUUCUCACACCCCAUUUUUUACCAUGAUGCUGGCUAAUAUUUGUUAAAGGACUUGUGCACAUUUAUUUUCUCACUUGCUAGGAAUUAAUUCACCGUCUAAUGAAGAUAAAAAAUAAGAAAUCACAAGAAAUUAGGAGAAAAUUGCACAUUCAUCAUUAUAUAACUAGCAACAUCUUAACUGUUUGAACCAUGAAACUGUCACCUUAGCUACAAAAAAAAAUUAUAUAAACCUUCUCUGGUUUAUAUAAUAUCUUUUUCCUACAUUAUCUUCUGCAGUCCUUAUUAGCUGUGUAAUUGGAAGUUCACUACAAUUGAUUAAGCUUUAUUAACUAAUUUUUAUAGAAAUUUGUAUAAUUCAGUUACUGGCAAGCAUAAAGUGAACAUUACUAAGUAGAAAAGUUUUAAUUAAAUAAAUUACUAGCAUAAACCAGAAAUUACUAACAUAAACCAGAGGUUGUAAAUUGGUGACUUGCAGGGUGUUUUUGGACUGCAGAUUUAUUUUAUUUGGCCUGAGUGAUUUUGGCCAAAAAAGUAUUUUCAAAUGUUUUGAAUGUAUUGCCAAUAUUUAAAAAUUGGGAAAUCUUGCAUAAACAUCCAGAUACCAGCAUUUUAAAAGUAAUCAAAUGGUUUGUCAACACUGCAAUCACAUUGCCAACAGUAACCAUCGGCUUAGCUGACUAGUGAUGGAACAGAGUUGGUAGAUUGCCUACUAAAACUUUCUUCCCUUUCAGAACUCAAUUUUUUUUUUCAGUUUUUCAUAUUAAAAAAAAUCUCUGUAAUAACCUCUAUGGGAAAAGGAUCUGAAAAGAAAUAGAUAUAUGUUGUUGUUCAGUCACUCAGUCAUGUCCAACUCUUUGCGACAUAAUGGACUGUAGCACGCCAGGUUUCCCUGUCUUUUACCAUCUUCCAGAGCUUGCUCAAACUCAUGUCAAUUGAGUCAUUGAUGCUAUCCAACCAUCUCAUCUUCUGUAGAUUCAUGAGUGUGUAUAAUUAAAUCAUUUAUACUGUAUACCUAAAAUUAACACAACAUUGUAAUCAUCAACUAUAUUCCAAUAUAAAAAUUUUUAAAAAUUAAUGGUAAUCCUAACUCCAUCUCCUGAAUAAAUUUCUGUCACACUACAUCCAUCACAAUAAUCUCAUUUCCUUACCAGUGGUUGAUUGAUUUGGAGGUGUGGGUACCAUUACUGCAGAUAGAGGGGGUAGAGUUUCAGGUGCAUCCACAGUUGGAGGGCAGAGAUUGCAUGUCCCAUUGCUAUCUGGUUCCCUUGGCCACAAACAUCUCCUGCAGCCAGGAGGCCAGCAUUGUAUAGACUGCCUCCCCUGAUGCUACCUGGUUCUCAGGAGCUGUGGGCUCAAAUGGAGGGAUCCAGGAUGGCAGACACUGCAUCUGCUCUUUUCCUGGUCUCGCCUCCUCUGUCUUCUAGUCCACCCACCUUUUAGAAGGACAGCUAUGUGGAAUGCUCUGCUGCCCAUGCGUGUUGGACAAAGACACCUUUGAGUUAUGGAUGUUUUACUGUUUGUAGAUUGAAGGAAAGAGACAAAGGGAACAUCUCACAUUGUCAUGAUGCUGACAUCACCCUUGAAAAACAUUUAUUAAGGAGUUUUACAUGCAGAGUUUCCUAAAACAAAAAAUGUGUUUUUCUUAGUGGUCUAAUUCCAUUUAGUCAUUUACUCUUUUUUUAUUAUUGUCUUCUUAUCCUUCUUUUUGAGGUAACUGCAUUGAAGUAGGCUUUGGACCGAGGAAUAUUAAAAAAAAAAAACAACACAGCACCAUUUUUGCUGAUGGGACAAGUCUAGAGAUAUGUUAGGGAAUUUCUAAGAAAGGUAUCCUGGUUCUUUUUGGAUAUGAUAGACUGAAUAAGAUGGAGCAGAAAGAUGAAAAGAAUACAACCUGGUCUUUUAAUGCUGUCAUAAAUUGGUAGAUUAAUAACUGCUUGAGUCAUUGUGUACUUUCUUGGGACUUCUGUUUAUGACCAAUAAAAUUUGUCAAGUUA